CGAUGGUCCUCAAUGGGAUGGGAAUGGGAAGUUAGGUUGGGAAUUAUGUUCAAUGCACUUGUAAUGAAACGUUUUUGCCAUUUACGUGCAGUCGGUGGAAUGUGUGCGGUCACGGAGGUGUAACACCUGUGUUACAACACUUGUCGCUUAUCUCAUUCACCUUAAAACAAACUGUGUAGUGUGCACAGAGAUAGUGCUCAAAUUAAAUUUAAAAACAUUCAUCAGUUUUCUUAGUAUGUGAAUAUGCAUAUUCGAAGUUGCUUUCAUUUUCUGAAAGAAUUUUCCAGCAUCUGCAUUAGGAAGUCCGUACGUCAAAGACCGAUUUUUUUUACUGUUUCGAGAAACACCCUUGCGUGAACUCUCAUGGGGCAAUGCAUGUCGCGUAAGGCCGCAGGAGCCUUCGCCGCCUCCGCCGCCGCCGCUCGCAGCAAGCCCACCAAAAUGCAGCACCAGAGCCCGGGCGACGACGAGCGGGAGCUGCCCCGCAAGCCCCUCUGCACGAAAGGCGUCACGACGUCUUUCGGCUUCAAGCGUCGCCCAACAACCGCUCCUUCCAUCGCUUCCAACUCGAAUGCAGCUCGGCGUCUUGCCAACAACACUGAUUACAUCGACAGAAACGGCAACGGUGACACUGAACCACUUACAACAAGCAUAGCACCAACAGCCUGCUCCACUCCUCGUCUAAUGCCCCCGAAAAAAGAGGGCAUUGCUACGAGAGUCAAUCGGUUCGGUUUUCGCCAACCGCAAGUCAACCGAUUGCACAAAGUGGCCGAUUUGAAUAACGCACCGCUGGACAAUGCUGCCAAAAAAGUCACUCAAAAAGUUGACAGCAACAAGAAUAAAAUGAAAACAGGCGUGCCACAGGCGGAACGGUUCAUGUUACAAUCGACUCAGCUGCCAAGACCGGAACCAAUCCGGGUGAUUGAAACGAAGGCGGCCAAGACUUUGGCGAACAACAGCCGGAAAAUAGCCUACAAUGAAGACGCCUCCUCGGCGGAGGAUUCGGGGGUUGGGAGCCAGAUCAGUAACGAAAUCCCCGGUCUGGAACGGUUAAACCAUUCACCGACUUACGGCCGUCGGUUCAUAAAAUCGCGAAAUUUGGAAGUUGUUAAAACCGGGAACACGUUCGAUGUCCGGGACCUGGAGGAGUCGGAGAGUUGCGUUCCUCUACCGCAACUCCCGAGCGCCUUCGCCAACCCGGGCUCACUCAGAGGGGUGUACAACUCCGGGUUUGUGAGGGAGAAGGCAAAAGAGUACGAACGCCACCUCGACUCCGACAACCGACGCAAAAUCUCCGUCACCUCGUCCGAAGGUUUCAGCGAUUACGAUGAGGAAAAAACCUCCCGUGAUAAGUACAAAAACGAGAAGUUUUUCAUCAAGUCGGGGUCCUUUUUCAAGGCACGCUCGGACGACUCGAGCCCUCCGAGUUCCGACGAGCAGGAUUGGGCCCACGGGGGCGAAGCCAUGGCCGACGAAGUCAGUUUUUCCAUAAGUUCGAGUGACGAAAGCAAGGAAAAAGAGCAAUCACCGGUCACAACCCCCACAAACGCCGCCUUCAGAAACGUACUACUAACAAUCGAAGACCCGAAAUUCGCAGCUGUCGCGAGCAAUGCGAAUCUGCUCCUGGACGAUGAAACCUCUCCGGUUGACAGUUUGUUGAGUUGUUCCGAAUCGGAGGAAAUCCUCAAACGGAAAAUCAACCGGAGUUCGUCCAACUCCAAGGAUAUUAACGAGAAACUGACGCCUCCGAGCCCCGGAACCCCGACUAAUGCCUCAAACUCGUUGUCGCUAUCAGACGGAAAGGACGACUUUUUGAUCGAUGAUGAGAUAGCGGACCAGCCGGCGCUUUUGUUCGACGAUACUCUCGUUGGGAAUAACUCGGAAAGUACGACGAUCGUCGACUCGACCCCUAAACCGAAGCGGAGGAGUUUCCUCGAGAACAGCCCCCUGUCACUGAGGAAGAAGAAGGCGUAUCACAGCCGGACCGGGUCUUUGGACACGCUGUCGCCAUGUGAGAGCAUCGCAAGUGACGAUUUGAUGAUGGAUUAUGAUUACAGUCAAAGCAGCGGAGUGGAGGAUUGUGAUAGGAAUGAUAGCCACAGUCAUGGCUUCUCGUCGUUGGAUGAAACUGUGAUACGCAAAGCGGAAAAUGAGGAAGGGGGGAUAAGGGAUUGGGCGAGUUUGUUGGGGGGCUACGGCGGGGACAAGAGCGCAAAAAGCAAUGCGAGUAAAACUCGCCUGUUGUGGUCUCGCACCGGAACGCCGAAUUCAAUCCCCGACUCUCCCAAGUCUGUAGACAGCCGAUCAACGGCCAGAUCCCGCCACUCCGUCACGAGUAGUCCGCUUAGACUCUCUCGAAUCCCCCUGUCCGGGUACGAUUCGGACGAGUCAGUCAGACUAGAUCGAGCGAACUACUCCGCAAUGAAACAGGACCUUAUGAGCGUCAAAACCAUGCUCCUGAAGCUACGCCGGGUCCUAAACGAGCAGCCAGACGAAGAUAUUUUGUUGAGGUCUGAAACUCACAUUCCAUUUGAUGGUCAGUUAAGUCUGACGAAUGGUCUCUUCAACGGCCUAUGCUCCUCAUCAGACGACGCACAAAGUGACGAAACCAACGAGAGUCGGUUCGAAUUGGCGGAACUGCGGAGACAGGUGUUGUUUUUACAAGGCCAGUUGGAGGACAAGGAGAAGACGGUGCAAGAUUUGCAAGAACAAAUGCUUAAGCUUGCCACUGAUAACUACACCUCGAACUCGGCGCCCGCCUCGACUGUCGCCACCGAAAGUCCAAUGUGCAACGCUGCCACGCAAACAGAACGGAUUCGUCCAAUAUCAGCUGGUCCUGCCUUGCUUAACGGUUCUUCCGAAGGAAACGUCGGGUCUCUAGUCAGUGCGAAUGAAUCUCCCCAAAGAUCUCGUCACCAUCAAUCUCCAAAAAACACUGCGAAGUUGUGGCGGCAACCUGGAGAACCUCCAUCACCCCAGCGUUACUCAUCGAUCCCUCGCCGUGCAAAUAGUCGGACUAGAACGCCUUCUGUACAUUCGUGAUUAAUAAUGUUAUGUACUUUUUUUAAUUAUUUUUGUAAAGAAUGGUAAAGACUAACUUGACUGUGAUUUUGUUAUGUUAAGGAAUAGCGGCUUUAUUUUUCCAGCGUGUUUUAUUGAAGGUGUCAGUCUAGAACGUAGAACUAGUAGAAAAACCAUAACUAACGUCUAAACAAUAAAAUUCAAGUCCUUAUUAUUUAUUGUUACUCAAAUAAGUAUUACUAGCAUAUACGAUAAAUAGGAAAUGUAUUAUUUAUGUAAGAAUAAAAUCAAAUCAAACUCC